AUGCUGCGGACGAUCCGCGUCAGCGCGCGGUGCUAUCCCCUUGCGUUGGUGCGCCAAAGCUCGUCGCAAGCGCUUCUCACGCUCGGCCACGUGGCAGCGCCUCUGCGCGUCCUCGUCGUCGGCGACGGCAACUUUUCCUACGCGCGGGCGCUCACAUGUGCGACGAGCGCCACGAUCCUCGCCACGUCGUACGACACGAGGAACGCCCUCGCGGCCAUGUACCCGACCGCGCCAGCCAACAUU